AGUUGGACCAUUUCUAACAUUACACAUGUCUGCAAGUUUCAACAAUGAUUCUUUACACACACACACACACACACAAAAAUCCAGUCGUUGUUUUGUUUGGAGCCCCAGUCAUGUAACAGCCAGAAGGGAGUGGCGUCUCGGGGGUGGAAUUUCACUUCCUGUAUCUCUCAGGUGAGUCACCUGGCCGAUGUCGUCGACUGCUCGGACUUCACUCGACAUCACACGAGCGGUUUGCUUGUGAAAGUUUCGGGCCCGUGAAAGAUCAGACCCGCCUGAAGAGGAGGUUUUUGUUGAAGCGUUUCUUGAUGCACGACAGGAAGUCAGGAGGUUUACUUCUUUUUUUUCUUUUUUUUUUUAAAUCGAACUGAGACUUCUGUGAGGAGGUCGUUUCUCCACUCUGCGGCCUAAACUCUCCUGGAAGAAGUCGCCUUUUUGAAAUAAUACGCGUCAUUUUUUAAAUUAUUAUUAUUCUCUGGUGACUUCUCCGUCGUGAUAAGGUGAUCUGACUUUAUUUAAAAAUAUAUAUUUUUAUAUUUGGACUUAAAAAAAAGUAUGAAACUAUUGCUCAAAGGACAAUUGGGAGCGUUUGCGCUCCUGCUGCUGGGGUUUCUUCUGGACUCCGCUUGUGGCCAGGUGACCGGCCAGGAGUGCUUCGCCCAGUUCAAGAAAGGUCGGGAUGAUUUCGUUCUCGAUGUCGACGAGUCUGUGAAAGACGGAGCGACUUACAUCUCGUCGCCGAAACUGGAUCGACACAGGGACUGCGUGAGCGCCUGCUGCAAGGAGCCGAAGUGCAAUGUCGCUGUCAUGGAGAAAGAAGACGAAGAGGAAGGCUCGGUCAAGUCCUGCUUUCUGUUUGACUGUCUGUACAAGAAGAAAUACGUGUGUCGCUUCGUCAGGAAGAAAGGAUACAUGAGCGAGUUUCUGGACACCGUCUAUGACGGUUAUCUUCAGGUGGCUGCCCCCCCAGCCGUGUCUGACCGCCCACCCACUGCCAACGGAGGCCAGGACCUGGUGGUCCAGCCUGGGGAGACCGUGACUCUGAACGGCAUCACCAGCUCGGAUGACCAGCGGGUUGUGUCCUACCUGUGGAAUAUGCUCACCGUGUACCCUCACGCCGUCAUUGAGAAAACCAACUUUGAAGACCAGAUUAUCGUAUCCAAUCUUACAUCUGGAGUGUACAAGUUCCAGCUGACCGUCACAGACAACAGCGGCCAGUCAGACUCCACCAAGGUCACCGUCCUGGUUCUUACCCCCGAGCAGUCUGAGCACCACUGUAUGGCUCCGAAGAAGAUUGGGCCAUGUCGUGGUUCCUUCCCUCGCUGGCAUUACAAUGCUGCGUCAGAGACCUGCGAACAGUUCAUUUUCGGGGGCUGCAGGGAGAACCUCAACAAUUAUCUCACCAGCGACGAGUGCACCAACGCCUGCGCCGGCUCAGAGAAGGGUAGUAAAUCAGGUCGAGGUCUUCCUAUUCCUGACUCUCAAGGAGAAAAAUGCGGUGCUCCCUGUACAACAGAGCAGUUCACCUGCGAUAAUGGGUGCUGUUUGGAUCCGGGCCUGGAGUGUGACUCAACGCCACAGUGUAGCGACAACUCCGAUGAGCGGGAAUGCGAUAAGUUGGGCAACAAUUUUCGUAUUCUGAUGCAGAUUCCAUUGGACGAACAGAAAGUGCGCUGCACAGAGCUUCCUGACUCAGGACCCUGCAGAGACAGUAUCACCAAGUGGUACUACGACCCUUAUCAGAAGAUGUGCUCUCGCUUCAACUAUGGCGGAUGCUCAGGAAAUGAUAACAGAUUUGACAGUCAGGAGGCCUGUAUGAAGGUUUGCCGCGGGGUAACAGAAAAGGACGUAUUUACAAGAAAUGAGAAACAUGAGGCCUUUAAGGAUGAAAAGCAUACAAUGUUUCUAGCAAUAGCUGCCAUCCUGGGUCUAGCCGUCCUCAUCCUGGUGGGCAUCCUGCUGUACUGCCUCAUGAAGGGAAGGAAGAAAUCCUCACAACACCAGCGUGUGCUCGUCAACCCCCCUCCGGUCUCCUUUGAGGACAGAGAGCGUCUGGUCUACAACAGCACCACCAAGCCCAUCUGAUCACUCAGUCACUCACUUGUCGGAGCUUUGUCGUCCCACUGAACAAACUCGGAUUGGUCAGAGGGGAAACCAUGUCCGCUGACUAAGUUUGGAGGGGAUCUGUUUUUAGUUUCUCCUGAUGUGGAUGUAUUUUGUGAGGGUGAUGUGUGCAGAUAGCAGAAUAUCUUCUGCGGUGAUGAAAUGUGAUGUCUAAUGAUUUGACUUUUAGCUUGUUUAUAAUGCAUUGACCUGUUAAAAUGUUGUGAGUUUGUGCUCAGGUUAAAAGGGAAGGAUUUUCAUUAGUGCAGUGGUAGAUUACCAUGAGACCAGGUAAAUUUCCUUUUACGUUUUUGACUUUGUUCGUUUUGCCUAAAUGAUCCGAUAUUUGUCAAUGAACAGCUCUUGUUAAAAUAGAGCGUUUUAAUGUCGGACCCUGAAGUCCACAUUGGUCAGUGACUUCCAAGUGAGAGUCUAGAUUCCCUUGUAUGUUUUUAAAAACAAGCUCUGGUAAUUUGUGUGGAUGUCUUAUGUUAUACGGUGAUCCCUUUAACUUCCUGUAAUCCUGCCCCACCUCUUCUCUCUGUCAGAUUUGUUUUUAUCUUGUUCAUUCAUUGUUACACUGAAUAACAUACUUGCAUAAUGUACAUAAUCUUAGAGUUUUUAGAGUGAUAUUUUACAUAAGGUUAUUCUGCAGUGAUUUGACAUGAGUGUUGUUAGAGCAAGCAUAGUGCACACAUCAAAUAAUGAUUAUUGAUACCUUUAUAAAGCCGCCUUGUUGUUGAAUAUUCAACAAUUUAAACUUUGUACAUAUGACCUGAUAUAGGUUUUUGAAACUUUGGCAGUAUCGUGAAGUUUAUACUAAAUAAAAGAAUUAACUCCAAA